AUGGCUACUCUGCAGCUAUCCAGGCAGAAGAUAAAGCCCCCUGAGGAAGCACUGUUGUUACCCAGUGGCGUUACAGAGCAGCAGUCUGUGGUGCUGGUGAAGAGGCUUCUGGCCAUCUCCGUGUCCUGCAUCACCUACAUGCGGGGGCUGUUCCCGGAGAGCUCCUAUGGAACGCGCUACCUGGAUGACCUCUGUCUAAAAAUUCUCCGAGAAGAUAAAAGCUGUCUGGGAUCACUGCAGAUAGUCAAGUGGAUUCAAGGUUGUUUUGAUGCUUUGGAGAAGCAGUAUCUCCACAUCGCUGUCCUUGCAAUUUACACCAAUCCCAAGGAACCGGAGACAGUGACAGAACUGUAUCAAUUCAAAUUCGAGUACAAAAAGAAGGUGCCCCAGAUGGACAUCAGCAGCAACCACAGGGAGCUGGUGACGGGUGUGUGCAGUGAGGACAUCACCCAGGCCAGCAGGCUCCUGCUCCGCAAGCUGUACCUGCUCAUGCAGAACCUCGGGCCACUGCCCAAUGACAUCACCCUGAGCAUGAAGCUCCUCUACUACAACGAUGUCACUCCCAAAGAUUACCAGCCCCCUGGCUUUAAAGAAGAUCCCAGCUCUGGUAACCUGCUGUUUGAUGGGGAUCCUGUCAGUGUCAGAGUGGGCUCAGUCUCCACUGACUUCCACCUCAUGAAAGUGAAGGUGACAACUGAGAAGAAGAGGAUGGAGAAAGCUGACAGCAGCCUGAUCCAGAAGAAUGACCUUACUGAGAUCUGCCAUCAAGGGUUAGACUGUGAGGAGGAGGAAGAGGAGGGGAGCACAAAGAAUCACCCUCUCCCUCUCAGAACAGAUUCAAAUGAGCAUGAAGGGGACAAAAGUGACUCCCAUCCAGGUAGGAAAACAGAAACAUCUUCCUUUAGGCUUCACAGUACAAGUGGAAAGAAGGCGGCAGGAAUCAAGGAGAUGGGCAGGAUGUCUUGCUCAAGGGGAUCUCAGCAGAUAAGCCACCUGAACCUUGCCUUCAGCCAGGAAGAGGUAAUAGGACCCGGGAAGAAAAGGAAGGUCAGUGAACCAGAGAAGCCGCUUCUGAAGGGCAGGAAAUUAUGUCCAUUCUGA